AUGGGAGUUUGUUGCACUCAUCCACAUCAAAAAUUAGAGAACCCUAUUACUCCAGAACUUAUCAAAGAAGAUAUUAAGUAUGACCAAUUUGCUCUUAAAAUUUAAAAACACUAUAAAGGAUACAAAGCCAGAAAAUUAUAUCAUAAAAUGAGGAUUAAAACUGAAGAAUCUCCUGUUGUUCACCAUCCAAAACCAGAGAUUGCUUAAAAACUAAGUCAAACUCCCACCGAUUAUGCUUUAACUGUCUAAAAAGCCUUAUAUAAACUUGGACCAUUUCGUUAUAAUGAUUAUAUUAACUCAGAUGAUCCACAAAAAAGAUCUACGAAUUUCUAAUUCAAAGAAGAAGACAAAAAGCUACCCUUUUUAGAACCACACAGACUAAUUGAUGGAGCCAUCUACAUAGGUUAAUGGAAAAAUGGAAUGAAAUGGGGAAAAGGAAAAUAAAUUUGGCCAGAUGGUUCAGUUUAUGAAGGAUUCUGGCAAAAUAAUAAAGCAUGUGGUAUAGGCAGAUUAAUUCAUUAAAAUGGAGAUGUUUACAUAGGAGAUUGGUUAGAUGAUAAAUGUCAUGGUUUUGGUGUCUAUACGCAUAGUGAUGGCACAAUCUAUAAGGGUAAUUGGGUUGAGGACAAACAAGAAGGAGAUGGCAUUGAAGAAUAUCCAGAUGGCACUAUUUACAAAGGUCAAUUUCUCAAUUCAAUGAAACACGGAUAUGGAGAAUGCUUUUAUUCCAAUAAAAAUUAUUACAAAGGGGAAUUCUAGUACAAUUUUAUACAUGGCUAAGGCAAGUUUGUUUGGAGUGAUGGAAAAGAAUAUGAAGGGGCCUGGGAAAACAAUCAAAUGCAUGGAUACGGGGAAUUUAAAUGGCCAGAUGGAAGGUCGUAUAAAGGAGAUUAUAAACAUGAUUUGAAGGAUGGAGAGGGAGAGUUUAUCAUAGAUGAAAACACAAAGUAUAAGGGUAGUUGGAAGAAUGGAAAAUAACAUGGGGAUGGACUGCUUGUUGUUAAGGAAAUUGCAAGACCAGGAAUUUGGUGUGAAGGCAUACGAAUCUAAUGGAAGGAUAAAUUCUGA